AGACCAGUAGAUCAUUCAGUACUGCUUUUGUUAGAACCAAAACAAUACUGUUCUAAUAAUAGUCGCACUGCUCUAUCACACUAUUCUACCCUAGUGUGAAACUUACCAUGAAAGAUCGCUGAAACGUUUGCACGAGAUAAAACUGGAUAAUUCAACACUACCAUGGAUUCUGAAAGCCGGAGCGAAUCGGCGUUAAACAGUCCGACGGAACCGGAUGUGUCGCUGGCCGCAUCCCUCACCGACCCUCUUGAAGCUCACACUCUGGAUGAGGCGCGGCGAACCAUAAGGGAUUUGCGCAUGAAAUAUCGCGCUCAAGCUCACCAACUUAUGACAUGGCGUCGCGCACAUCGCUCGCAGGAGGAAUUAGUGACGCGUCUGCAGAGAGAAAAGGCGGAACAGUUGAAGUCGUUGUCGAGCCAACUUCUACUGUUCGAAUCGAGGCUGGUCCGGAAACAGAAAGAGAUAACCAGCAUGCUCGCGCUUAGAGAAACUAUCAUAAUGAAACAGCAGAAAGUCAUAGAAACGUUGCAAUCAAAGCUACACGAAAAUGGCAUAGAACUGGCACAACAGAUCCCAGAUUUUCGUGAUAUGCUUCAAGAUACACAUAUAACUGGCGAUUUCGAUUCUUUGAACGACUCAGAUUCUGCCGUCAUAAUGGAAGACGUUGAUUCUGAUUGCAGCAAUCUCCCGCUAAUACCGAGAUUCAGGUCUACGAAUCCUGACAGUGUUACUGUAGUUCGAUCCAUUUCUGAUGCCAUAGAUACAAACAUCAAGUAUAGUGUCGUCAGGCGAUCAAACGGAUUCCUCCGAAGGCCUGAGAUACUGGAAACGGUAUACAGUGUGGAAGAAGAAGCCGAUGGAGAUUCCACAAAGGGGUUAAGUGCACAGAACAGCACUGAGAAAGAAUUAAAAGAUAUGAAUAAAACUGAUGAGCAGAAAUACAAGGAGACUAAUAGUCUGCUUGCUCAAAGACGGGACAACUUUAGAAUGAGAAGUCUUGUAUUGACAGCUGAAGUCAAAAGCAUAGAUUCUGAUAAAGAUGUGGCUAAGCCUAAAACUAAGGAAGUCUGGUCGUAUACUUAUGUGCCAAAAAGGAUGAUGCCGGCGAACGAUUCUGAUGAAGAAGUGACUUCUAACCCGGACAGUGAUGAAGGCGAACAGGAGUCCAGGUCGAACCCAGUAGUGACAUACAACCGUGUUAUGUCCAAUCACAGGAAUGUAACCAAACCAAAAGAUGUUAAAUACAAAAGGAUUAAUAAAGCGAAAUCGAAAAGUUUGGAAGAAUUAAGGGGGAGGUUAAAAAAUUGGGUGGAGAAAGGCAACAAGCUUUCAGGAAUUCCAUUAGAGCACGCACAGAGUUAUGCUUAAAUUUAAUUCAAGUUCCUUUUAAAAAAAAAUCCCUUUGAAAUGCAAGUGAAUGAUUACGCUCAUGGCGUUUGUGAAUUUGCAAUUAGACUGUCUUUAGUUCUAGACAAAUCCGCUUAAUUACAUUCACAGUCUUUAAAAUAUGUAGUAUUUUAAGAGAUAUUAAAAAAAAUAUUUUUCUUGAGGUUUGAUGAGUCUAUUUUCAACGUAAUCCAGUGAACGUUCAAUAGUGUAAUAUUUUAAUAAUAAAUGCAAAUAAUUCCAAUAUUCUUGAUACCGCAACUUUUGUAAAUAUGUUUCUACAAAGUUAAUGCUUAAAAUCAUGUAUACUUUGAUGUUUAAUUUUAAGGCUGUGCAUAUAUAUUUGUGCUAAUAAACUAUUAUAUAGUUGGGUGAAAGGCUAUUUGUUUUAAGAACCACUAAGUAAAAUGUUCACAAGAGCCAUUCAAAGUCUUCAU